CAGCAGCCGCGCCGGCGCUGUCUAGAGAAGUCCAGGGCUGCGGGAGGCCAGGUUCCCGCGCAGGGGCCAGGGUCCGGGGUCUCAGACAUAAUAGCUAGCCGCAUCCUCCGUGCGGGCGCUGCACUGACGGGGUCCUGGCUGCAACGGAGCGCCCUCUAGAAGUGCCCCCCAUCCCUAUUCGCCAGAAACUUUACCCUCCCGUUGCCAUGGAGAGAGACGGCCGCGGCCUCCCGUCGCCAUGGCAACGUGCGGUCCGGCGGCCGCAGGAUUGCGGGGAUCGCAAAGUCUUUUUGCAGUUGUCCUCGCCCCGCCGUUCUUAAGGUCUUCUGCCUCCUGGAGCGAGAGUGACCAACUUCUCCGGUGGAGCGCUGGUGGCCGCUCUCCCUUCCGCAGUGCCUGUCUGGCCGCCACUUGCGCGGCGUGCGGAAUGUACCCCGUGUUUUCAUAACCACUGUCUCCGUGCCCCGGCCGCCCGGGGGAGCCCCGGCCGCGCACUCCCGUGACAGGAAGGAAAAUUGGGGCUCACAGAGCCCAAGGUCACCGUCUGCGGGACCCCCGGGCGACAGGGGGCGGCCGGGAGGCGCCAGACCCGCCAGCGGCGGCGGGAUGCCACGUGAGGGGCGGGGACCCCGCGGGGAGGGGAUUAAAAGCCCCCGGAGCCGCGGGCAGCGCGGGUCCCGGGCAUGAGCGCUGAGUGGGGCCCCGGAGGGCCUCGGUGCCAGGCGGCGCUCGCGGUCCUGGCUUCGCUCUGCCGGGUCCGGCCGCCCCCUCUCGGACUGGACGCGGAGACUUGUCAGAGCUUGGAGCGACCUGAGCAGAGUCCCAGUGCGGCCGACGCAGGUGCUGCUGGCAGCUUCCUCGCUGUGGUGGUGAUUGUGUGUGGCGUGGCCCUGGUGGCACUUUUUCUCUUUCUCUUUUGGAAGCUGUGCUGGCUGCCCUGGCGGAGCAAGGAAGCCUCCAGCCCCUCUUGUGCUGACUUCCCCCUGGAGGCCUUCCCGAGCCCCCACUCCCGGAACACCAUGGCUGACAAGCUGAAGGACCCGAGCGUCCUGGGCUUCCUGGAGACAGCAGUGAAGAUCAGUCACACGUCCCCCGACAUCCCGGCCGAGGUACAGAUGUCAGUCAAGGAGCACAUCAUGCGCCACACGCGGCUGCAGCGCCAGACCACUGAGCCUGCCUCAUCCACCAGGCACACUUCCUUCAAGCGCCACCUGCCCCGGCAGAUGCACGUCUCCAGCGUGGACUACGGUAACGAGCUGCCGCCCGCUGCGGAGCAGCCCACCAGCAUCGGCCGCAUCAAGCCUGAGCUCUACAAGCAGAAAUCUGUGGACGGGGAUGACGCCAAGUCCGAGACGGCUAAGAACUGUGGGAAGAUCAACUUCAGUCUGCGCUACGACUAUGAGAGCGAGACCCUGACCGUGCGCAUCCUGAAGGCCUUCGACCUCCCUGCCAAGGACUUCUGUGGCAGCUCCGACCCUUAUGUCAAGAUCUACCUCCUGCCCGACCGCAAGUGCAAGCUGCAGACCCGGGUGCACCGAAAGACCCUGAACCCCACCUUCGAUGAGAACUUCCACUUCCCCGUGCCCUACGAAGAGCUGGCUGACCGCAAGCUGCAUCUCAGCGUCUUUGACUUCGAUCGCUUCUCCCGCCAUGACAUGAUCGGGGAAGUCAUCCUGGACAACCUCUUUGAGGCCUCUGACCUGUCACGGGAAACCUCCAUCUGGAAGGACAUCCAGUACGCCACCAGCGAGAGCGUUGAUUUGGGAGAGAUCAUGUUUUCCCUCUGCUAUCUGCCCACAGCCGGCAGGCUCACGCUCACAGUGAUCAAAUGUCGGAACCUCAAGGCGAUGGACAUCACAGGCUAUUCAGAUCCAUAUGUCAAAGUGUCACUGCUCUGUGAUGGGCGGAGGCUGAAGAAGAAGAAAACCACCAUAAAGAAGAACACACUCAACCCUGUCUACAAUGAGGCCAUCAUCUUUGACAUCCCUCCCGAGAACAUGGAUCAAGUCAGCCUGCUCAUUUCAGUGAUGGAUUACGAUCGAGUGGGCCAUAAUGAGAUCAUAGGAGUCUGCCGGGUGGGGAUCCACGCCGAGGGGCUGGGCAGGGACCACUGGAACGAGAUGCUGGCAUACCCGCGGAAGCCCAUCGCUCACUGGCACUCCUUGGUGGAGGUAAAGAAAUCCUUCAAAGAGUGUUCACAGCUUACCCUUGGUUCUGUGCUCAGGCAUCAUUGCUGACAGGGUCCCAGGACCAUAUGGGGUGCCGAAGAUCAAACUUGGGUCAUCCAUGUGCAAGCCCUACCCCACUAUAUUAUCACUUCAGCCCACCAGCCAUUUCUCUUCUAGCUACAAAGAAAAUGUCCCUCCUGAGAAGUCUCCCCAGAUCCACCAAACCCUCUGGCCUUCAGGUCCUACCAUUGGUCACUGUGUUGGUUCCCCAGACCUGCCCUUUCUCAAAUGAAUAGAGACUUGAGGACAUUCCAGUAAUUUCAAAGUUUGUUUUCUGUCCCUUAUAUACUAGUCUCUAGGUUGGAAAGCUGGGGAAAUGAGCUGGAAAUCCUUCACUCAUCUUCACAGGGUUAUGUAAGCAUAGAGUGUUGUAUAAAACUGAAAUGUCUACCAACAUGAAACAAAAAAAUUCAACGCCUUCCAUUACAUCCCUGCACUUAAAAAGAAGAGUCAGCUUAGAAGGAAAGUCCUCCCUCCCCCAAGCUCUAUGACACAAAAAGUGUGGGUGACAAGUGGGAUUCCACGCCUAAGAGCGGGUAUGCUCAGUCCUGUCUCCUUCCAGGAGAGUGAGGUCUGAGAAGGGUCUUAAGGGACCAACCAUGUGGGAUCCUGUGAGACUGAGGCCACCAGGGAGCUGGGCUAAUUGAUUUCCUGCCCCAGGUAGACAUGUGCUCAGUGCAGCCCCUGGCCUGCGCCUUUGAGGUCAAUGUGAAGGAAAAAGGUGUGGACGCCAAAUUUCUGUCAGCUGGAGGCCUCACAUCUCUGUCUGGUGCUCACUUUAGUUUUACCUCAGCUGUGGUGUAUUAAUGAGGGAGGUGAGUGCUUGGUCUCUCUGACUCUCCUCCUCAGGAGAAACCCCCAUCUCCAGGCAGCCUUCUCUGAGAGACUGUAGGUAUGUACCAUCCCACCAGCACUUCUACCCGCCCAAGAGGCAGUAACAGGUAGGACUGAAGAGGCCCUGGAGCCAUUGGGUCUCUCACUGAGCACAGGAUUGGUUCAGCCCAGGAGUCCUCCUCUCCUGUUUCAAAUCCUUUCAAGAUAUUUAAGAACAGAAAAAAGCAUCUUAAAAUGCUCAGGAUAGUUCAGGAGCAGGAGUAGGGGGUGGGACUAAGAGGCAUGGGGAAGCCUCUGGAGCCGCAGCCACACUCUGCUUACUUGGGCUUCAGUUUCCUGGUUGCUAAGAUGAGAGGCAGGCUCCUCUCAUCCCCACUUUUCUAGAAAACUCUGAGCCCAAAUUAUGACUCAGUUUGAGUGAGCCUCAUCUUGGAGUGCCUUUCUAGACUUGAAUCCAUCGUCACCCCUUUCUGCUGCUGCACUGCUGUCCAUGCAAACUGGCAGCAGGUCGAGUUGGGGUAGGAGGGGGUGUGGCACAGAGAGCACAGAGGGACUGGGACUGGGUCCCAGAGUCACCCUCCGUGGUGAAUCCAAGCUAAUUCAACCAAGAACUGAUUCCAACUCAACUCUCCAAUCCAGACUACUGAAGAAAGAUAAAGUAGAAUCAGCCCUUGGAAAUGAAUAUUUGAUAAAAAGUAGAGGGAAAGUAACAGGAUAUGGAAAGUAAAAAGUGAAUAAAUUGAUUCCAAACUUCUGACCUAACGCACUCUACUUGGAGGCUCCUCCUCUCCUGGGCUGGGUGGCCCCUUUCUCCCCUGAGAAAGCUUAAGGAAGUUUAAGAUGACUUUGGUCUUGGCACCUCAGGAUCUCAUCAAUACAAAUCUGUAGACAAUUUGUUCCUAUCCUUUUAGCACCCACAGUUUAAGCAUCUUUAUUAAAAAUGCAUCAAAAAAAGCAUGGGGCUAAUAGUAAGUAACUCUCUCUGUGCUUCCAUGAUGCAUUAUCCUUUCAGCUCAGUCAUCCUCAGAGUUUACAUCUUGCCUUUCUGGUUCCUGUUCUGGACACAAAGCUAAAGGCUUGUCCCAGGAACUUGAUUCUGCCCUUUGUAUAAUGCAUGAAGAAAUCUUUCUUUUUAACUCCUGCAAGAUAAAUGGCACAGGCUCUGCAAAGGAUGCAGAGUUUGUAUUACACUUCUCUUAGAGGAGUUUCAAGUGCUAUGAUUAUUUCCUUUUUAUUAAUGAGAACAAAGAGGACCACAGUUGCUUGCUUGUUUGGGGUUUGAAAUAAGGUUAAGGGGAACAAGCAGCAUUUUGCCCUGCCAGGAAUUUUUUUUAAUGAAUAAAAAUGGAUUAAACCACCACCGGCAUCUUUGCCUGUGAAUGCAGCUGAACCUCUCCCUCACAGCUCUUCUGCUGGGCGGGGGUUGUCCCCACAUACAGCCCCAGUGGACCAGCAGCCUCCUCCAAGGUGUUUUAUGACAAAGGGCCAAGUUCAGAUCAUCUGCAGAGGAUUUCAGAUCUCUGUGGAACAGGCCCCAUUUCAAAACAAUGAAGAUCAUUCUGGAACACAGCCACCCUCUAACGAUUCUCUUCCUGUGGUGGGGGCCAGUCUCUGCUAUUUCGGAGCCACCAGAAAAGCCUCUUUCACCUUCACUUUGUACAUGAACCCCACCUCUUCCCUUUGUUUAUCUUUAUAGAAAAAAAAAGCAGGGCUACCUGGGGAGCCAAUGCGCCUUUUCCAUUUGUCCUGGAUAAGCCACUAUGCCCCUAGUUACUUCUCUUGGGUUGUUACAUAAAGAGGAAAACUGUGCUCUUUGUGGUCACCGCUUUCUCCCUCUAAACUGGCCCAUCAGUCAGGUUACUGAAGCAUCAUGCUUACCCAAGGGAGAAGCGGGUAAUUGCCACUUACUUUUUACCAAUCUGAAAUGUUGUAACUGAAAAAGUAAAGCUUCCCAAAUGAAGGACUGGUCCAUGAGAGCUAGUUGUCUUAUGUCACCUUCCUUCUGGUGAGGAAACAGGAGUCAGCACUCACAGGAGCUCAACAAGCAGGCAUUUAUUUAUCUAAACUAU